CGAACUACGAGCUUCAUUUUCAGUGUGAGUUUGUAUGCCUGUGUUGUUUACCUUCCGCUCUGUCUUUGGUAUCGAUACAUAAGAUAUAUUUAUCUAAUUUAUCAAAAAAUUGUUUUAUUUUUGUUUCAAAAGGAGUGUGAUUCAGUUACACCGAUAGAAGUGCAACGUUUGCGAACUGCGUCUACAGAACCAGGGUUCAUUCACUUUCUACUAGAAACAUGAUGAUGGCUUUAAAUUUCUCAGUACUUGAAGGUGAUUAUGCAGCAGAAAAGAACUCAACUUACCAGAACACGAAGGAAGAGGUGCAUUUGAACCUGCAGGCCCACCAUUUUCUGAUUGCAUUUUUUCACAUUGUUAUUCUCAUCCUGGGUGUCAUUGGCAAUGCUGUAGUCAUUUGGAUUGCGCGGUUUAAAAUGAAAUCCAGAGUCAGUUCAAUCUGGUUCUUAAAUCUGGCUUGUGCUGACCUUUUUUGCUGUCUCUGCAUUCCCUUUGUCAUGUAUACUGUUGUUCAUAAUCAGCAUUGGCCUUUUGGUUUUCAACUGUGCAGGUUGGUCUAUGGCAUUAUUUACAUAAGCAGUUACUGCACCAUCUUUUUUCUUACAAUCAUCAGCCUGGACCACUUCAUUCUGGUGGUCAAACCAGUGUGGUGUAAGAACUAUCGUAACACUCACUGUGCCAUUCUGUUGUGCUUGCUGGUCUGGGGGUUUUCCCUUCUUCUUGUCUUUCCGGUAUUUAUCUAUCAUAAUGAAUAUAAAGAUCCAUUAAGCUACAAGAUCAUUUGUGCAUUUGACUUCAGCAGCUUUGGUGAAAAUAUGCAGCUGGUAGAGUUUGGGAUGAUAAUCUAUCAAUUCCUUGUGGGCUUCUUCUUCCCUUUUCUUUCCAUCAGUGCUUGUUUUUUCUUCAUAUUCUGGCAAAAGAGACAGAAACGGGAAGGAUUUGGCAAGAGGUCAAAGAAAACAGUGGAGGUUAUCACUGUGGUAAUUGUUACCCUUUUUGUGUGUUGGUUCCCGUACCACAUUACAAACUUCCUGCUAGGGCUCACCUCAUCCACCUUCCUUUGGCGCCCCCACCAGAUGACCAUUGUCCUCUUUCUAAAAACUCUGGUUUACUGCAACAGCUGUCUCAGCCCCUUGGUCUAUGUUUGCAUCAGCCAGGAGUGCAAGGUGCACAUGUACAAAUCCUUCAGGGGUGUGAUGAAGAUCUUUAUGACCAAUGAUCUUCCCUCUCGUUCUGUGACCACCUUCACCACCAAGUCCUCUUCAAUAAAUGAUCAAAUAUCUCAUAUUUGAGGAAGAGCAAUGAGAAUGAGGUGAAGGCAGCAGCUGCCAUUUAUGCAUGUAGAAAAUCAUUGUGCUAAUGAAAGUGUUCUGCCAAAUAUUCUGCAGCACAAACAUGUUCUUUUUUUAAAAUGCAUUUUGAUGAUAUUUUGGUUUUAAUAAGUGCAUGGAUAUGUUUUCUGUUAGACUUUCAUGUAUGAAUUUUUGUUAAACUACUGUAUUCAUUUGAUUAUUGCAUUUUAGUGUUCAAGUGUGUAAUUCAUAAUUUUUUGCUUGAUUUGUUUUAUAAAUGAGCUUUUGUUAAACACAAGCUUCCUUAGAGGAAUAACACACCAAAUUAUAUGUUUAUGGCAAUGGACGACAACAACAGUCUAUAGUGAAUAGGAUCUGCCAAGCCUAACCCCAUUUUUUCCCAAACAAUUUUCUGCAGGGUUUUCAGGAAUGUAACCCCCAUGGACAAUGAGACUUGACUGUAUGUCUCUGGUCAGGUUUGCAGGAGACAGAAUUAAUGGCAGACAAUGAAGAGCCAGCCAAACCUUUACAGAUAGACCUGGACAGCAUAAAGGCUUGGGCAGAUUAGUGGCAGAUGAAAUUUAAUAUAAAUAAGUAAUCCGAUUAGAUUUGAAUAUAGAAUGGAAGGAUAGAAACUUAAAAGUUCACCUUAUGUGAAGGGCACCAGUGUCAUGAUGGACUCUUCACCGUCUACAGUACAUCUAGACAGUGGACAGAGGUCAUUAAGAAGACUAAUAAGAUGUUAAGUUAUAUAGUGCUUUGAAUUAUUUUCAGAUUUAACCACUGUGAGGAUUAGGUCAGGAUUUUCCAGGAUAUGUAGGAGGAAUUGAGGACUCGGGUUAAAAGAAAUGUUGGGGUAACAGAAAAGAUCCCAGUUAGAGGAGGUCUGCACUAGGGAUCUUCUUUAAGUCCUUACCUCUUUGCUCUGGUUAUGGGUGUGUUGAGUCAUGGGAUAAAAGUCCAGGCAUGAUUUUUGAUGAUAAAUUUGUGUUGUUUAGGACCAGACAGUAAGUUUGAUGAAUAAAAUAAGGGCUUUGGGAGACAGAAGACUGAAGAUAAACAGGAAGAAGUGAGAAUAUAUAAGAUUUAAUGGUGAUCAGAUUUUGAAAGUUAGCCUUUAGGGAUAGCCUUUAAAAAGAGUGGAUAAAUUUAAAUAUCUUGGAUCAGUGGUAGCCCAAGAUUGAAAUUUAGAUUCCAAGAUAACCCUUAGAGUGCAGUGUGGAUGGGGAUGGAACAAUUAGAAGAAGGUUUCAGGAGUAUUGUAUGAUUGAAGUAUUAAGCUGAAGGUUAAAGGUAACAUGCAAAAUUCCCGGCUUCAUGCUCAAGCCAGGCAAGACAUGCCGUGUACAUGCUGUUUUUUUGUUCAUCUGUUGUUAACAUGCUUACAGACUCUGCCUGCUUCUUUAAGUUGUCAACUUCAAAAUUUGCAGCUACC